AUGUUAUUCAGAUUUGCAAGAAGAUUUUACAGACACACAUUUUCCUUGCAAGAAACACAGAAAUUCUUUACAAGCUGUAAAACUUCUAGAGAUAUCAAACCAGCCAUAAUCUCAAUAACAAACUUCAUGAAAACAGAAAAGCUCCCAGAUAUUCCUUUCCGUAACAUUUUAUGAGGAAUCGCAUAUUUGAAGCAAGUCAAUCUAAACGAAUCUAAUUUUGGAAAAGAAAUAACAAAUCAAUUCAAUGCAAAUAAGAAUUAUUACUCUAAUGAUACAUGAGCCUUGCUUUUAUACUUAACCAAGGUUCAUUCCCUGCAUGACCCAAAUUUUGUGAAAAAUCUGUACAGAGAUAUCCCAAAACACAUAAACCAACUUGGGCUAAAAUUUUUCUGCUAUUGUAUUGAUGGGCUUACUUAUCGUACAGAUUUGCUUACACAAGAAAUAAUGGACCGAGUGCAUGAAGAGAUAAUACGUCUUGAAGGAAAACUAAAAGAAGAAGACUUAAGGAUAAUUACAAGCAAUCUCAAAACUUUAAAUAAAUACUACGUUGGCAGCCAUAAAGCGUAUGAUUCCCUAGAAAAUGAGAUUUUUAGGCUUAAAGAUGUAUUGAGUUUAAGGACAAUCGCAACUGCUAUGAGCUCUUUUUCUAUUGUAGCAAGAAUAAAGACUCUUAAAAUCUAUUCAAUCAUGCUUAAGCCAAUAAUAGCUAAGCUUCCUGAAAUAAAUGAUACUUGCUCAAUACCUAUGAUUUUAAAUGUUUACUGCCAAUAUGUUAACUUGAGGCUUUUUGAAGGACUUUUUGAUGCUUGUGCUCACUUCCCCUUUAAUUGGAACAAAACAUUGGUAAAUUUCAUUUUUGGGUACUUUUAAACACUCUUUAAAUUGGGCUAAAUUUGGUUUUCAUUAGGAAAAUUGCCCCUGAAAGUAAUAAUUUUUAUAAAGUUUGCUUUGACCUAAUUUAAUAGACAAAAUGGAAGUAGAAUGCUAUUUAAACAGUUCAACACUGGAUCAAUUAAUUUUUUAUUUAAUUCUCUAUAAAAAUAAAUUAAAGUUCAAAUAACUGCGCUAAAUUUAUUUUUUAAAAUAAUCAAAAGGUUGAAAAUGCAAAUUUUUAUUUGCCUAAUUUAAUAGAUAAAAGCAAUAGAAUGUUAUUUAAAUACUUUUCGCACAGAAUCAUUAAUUAUUUAUUUAAUUCUUCAUAAAAUAAAUUAAAUUUGAAAUUAUUUUGCUCAAUUUAUAUUUUUUUAAAAGCAUUAAAGAUGAAAAAAUUUAAAUAUAUUAAAAAAAAUAACCCACUUUAAAUUGGAACAGGAUUUUUUGUUCCAAUUUAAGGGGGGAUUCAGAUUAUUUUACAAAAUCCAGAGCCUUAUAUGAAGAGCAACUUAGAUAUGCUAAUGACUAUCCAUUCUUUUUCAAAAACAGGAUUAUAUUCAGAAAUUAUCGAUCUUGUCCCUAUUUAUGUAAAGGAGCUGCCAGCAAAUAUCAAGCAAGAGCCUUCGAAUUUAGGUGUAUUUUUUAUUGCAAUUUUAAAAUACCCUCUUCCUACUGAUUACUUACUCACUUUACUCCGAAAAUUGUAAAAGCAUCCUAUCCUUUAAAAAAGAUUAUAUAAAAAACUUUUGUAGUAGUAUUUAUAGCAAUUUUAAGCAAAAUUCUGAUAGUUUGCAUACAUUUUAUAAAUUAAAUUAGCAAAUUAAAUUUUUUUAACUUUUAAAUCUUAAUAAAUUAUUGGAAACUAAAAUUUUCUGACUCUUAAAGGUGGGAGCUACAAAAAUGCUUAAGAUGGCUAGUAGAAGGUCAACACCUUUUAUUUAAUCACCACAAAGCCAAAAUUCUAAUGAGGCUAGUCACUAACAAUAUUGACUGCCCAGAGUUUUUCGCCCAUUGCCUUGAAACUGUAAAGUUCACUGAUUUAGAUAUACUGUAUUUCAAAGCCAUUAUACCGAAACUGAAAGCUCUAGGAUUUUCUAUUAAUGCAGAAAAUACAAAUAACAAUAAUUAG